UUAUUCUCCAGACACCAGAUAUUCCAGCGACUGUUUAGGAAAGAGACACAAGAAAUUGAUACUUGUGCAGAAAGAGAUGAUGUUCAGCAGAUGUCUCCUCCACAGAAGCAGAGACUUCGUUCUCUCGAUACUGUAAGAGGAGUAGCUAUUGUAAUAAUGAUUUUUGUCAACUACAAGGGAGGCAGAUACUACUUCUUUCAUCAUGCUCGUUGGAACGGCCUUACGAUAGCCGAUGUUGUGUUCCCAUGGUUUAUGUGGAUAAUGGGAACAUCCAUGGCUUUAUCUAUGAGGUCCUUGCUACGAAAGUCUGUCCCAAGACGACGAAUUUUUAUGAAUAUCUUGAAACGCUCCUGCAUUCUGUUUGCUCUUGGAAUAAUUCUGAACACUUAUGGAGGAAUGUUAUGGAAGAUAAAGAUGUUGGUGUUCAGGUUGACCAGUCUCUUAAGAUAUCCAAACAUUGUGCUGCAAGAGAAAUGGGCCCCUGUUCGAGAUAUCUUGUUGUACUGGGGGGAGUGGUUAUGGAUGUUUGUGAUUCUGCUGAUUCACAUUCUCUUGACUUUUCUGCUUGAAGUACCAGGAUGUCCCAGAGGCUACCUUGGACCUGGUGGUUUACAUAAUGGUGGUAAAUACUUCAACUGUACUGGAGGGGCAGCAGGUUACAUUGAUAGAGUUGUCCUGGGUGAAUCACACAUGUAUCAGCAUCCAACUGCAAAGGGGUUGAUAGCCAUCACACUAAGCAAGGGAAGCAAAAAUGAUGGUUGGAUUCCAGUAAACAAAAACCUCUGGUCUAUUUCAUACAUCUUUGCCACAGGAGCAAUGGCCUUUUUAUUGCUCUCCAUAUGUUACUUUGUAAUUGAUGUAAAGAGGUGGUGGACUGGAGCACCUUUUUACUUUUCUGGUAUGAAUUCUAUUCUGCUCUACGUUGGUCACUCUUUGACUGGUGAUCUGUUUCCAUGGUCAUGGCAAGUGGGUCAGACACACUGGGAGCACUUGUUGGUGGACUUGUGGGGGGUGACACUGUGGGUGAUAAUUUCCAUAUGGCUUUACUACCAAAGAUUCUUUUUAACAGUGUGAUUUGUCAACUCCUCUACACCCACAACAAAAAAUUUACACUUUGUAAAGCCUAAGGUUUAUUUUAAUAUAUAUAUGUAACAUUAUUGGAUACCUGAAGUAUUUUAUAUUUAAGUAAAGUUAUAAUAAGUUUGGUUUAUCCACAGUUAAGUUCUUUUAUAUUUUACCAUGUCACAUUGGUUGUCACUUUAUUUUUAGAAUUUCAGAAUUUGUUUAUUGCUUAGAAAUUUAAUUUCUCAACAAAAAAUGAAGAAUGCUAUUUCACAGCAAAGCAGAAGUUUUGGGAAAUAUUUAUCAUUACUAUUCAUUGGUAGAAAUUUAUAAAAUUCCCAUUUUUACUCUUUUUAUUUUGAGAGAUUUCAUAAAACAAUUAUAAUUUUUUUCUUCAUUUAAUAGUAAAUUUAUAUUCACCUGAGGGUAAAAUAUAAUGUCGACAAGGUGAGAAAGCACGUGGAUAUAAAUAAAAGAUCUCAUUAAUAUUACAGUAUUUUUACUUAAAAAAGAUUUUUAUACGUAGAUAAUUACUCAUGUGGUUAGGGUUAAUAAUUUUUAAUGUCAUAAGAAAUAAAAUAAAUUUUUAUGAAAAAAGUGUACAUGAUAUUUUUACAGUCAGAAGUUGUUUUAAGAGGUUCAUUGAGUGCUGUUUAACCAUGUAAAGUCAGUAUUUUUUUAUACGUAUGACUGAAAUAUUGUAUUUGAUGUGAUACACUAGUAAUGGGUGUUUUAGUUCUUUGUGUAGAUAUAUAAAAAAAGAUGAUUGCUAGUGUUUGGUUUUGUUUUUCUUGAGGAAAUUUAUUAGCAUUUUAAUUUUUAAGGGUUUUAUGAAUUUUUUUAUAAAGAAUAAUAAAAUCAGUAUAUUUUUAUAGAACACUGAGAAACAAUUAAAGAACUGUGUGAAAGAUAUCCUGUCACAGCUUUAAAAUGGUGAACAGAUGUUUGUUUGGCUUUACUUAGAUGCUUACUUGCAAUAAAAUAGUGUAAUUUAUGUCAUCAAGUAAUGAUUAAAAUAACACCUGCUGCUUAUCUCGUAAUUAACGUAAUAAAGUAACGAUUAAAAUAAUACCUGCUGCUUAUCACAUAAUUAACAUAAUAAAGUAACAACUAAAAUAACACCCUCUGCUUAUCUCAUAAUUAACAUAAUAAAGUAAUGAUUAAAAUAACACCCUCUGCUUAUCUCAUAAUUAACGUAAUAAAGUAACAAAUAAAAUAACACCUGCUGCUUAUCACAUAAUUAACGUAAUAAAGUAACGAUUAAAAUAAUACCUGCUGCUUAUCUCAUAAUUAACGUAA